UGGGUUUUCGAUUCCAAAAUCGAUUGGUUUGGAAUCUGAAACGCUAUGCCGCCGCCGCCUCCUCCUUUUAUCAGGUUGGGUUCUUGCUGUAAUUUGGUAAAAUGUUCCUGGAACUUCCGUUGGAAGUCUGUUAUAUCGCUUGCCUAUACAACAUGCUCCGACGUGGUGGACUCAUCUUCGGAUACCAGUCAUCCGGUCAGUAAGAGUAAGUUUAAGGUUAUUAAUGAAACCUUGAAGCAGUUAGAAAGUGAACGGAGCAGCGCUUUGUUAUUUAUCCGUGAAUUGAAAGAGUCUGGUUUUAAACAUGAUUUAGAAACUUACAUGUCAGUUGUUCGAUUGUUGUGUCAUUGGGAUUGGGGGAGUAUGGAUGUAAGGUUAAAUAAUUUGCUUAAUGAUGUUAUUGAUAAUACAAAUUGGGAAGUUGUUAAUUUUGAAAUUUCUGAUAAACUGUUUGACGCAUUGAUGGAGGAAAAAUUAAUAAAAGCUGUUGAUGGGUUGGUUGAGGUGUAUGCAAGUGUUGGAAAGUUUGAGGAGGCCAUGUACACCUUGUCCGAGAUGAAAAGUAGGGGUGGACUUGUGGUGUCAACAGAAACGUGUAAUUUUGUAUUGAACAAGUUGAUCAUGUGGGACAAAGAGGAUAUGGUAGAGUCGGUUUACAGAGAACUGAAGAGGAAUGGGUUGAUUCCGAAUGUGUAUACAUAUGGGAUGCUGAUUAGAGGACAUGGUAGGAAGGGUUGUUUGAAAGAAGCUUGGGACGUGUUUGGACAAAUGGAAGAGGCUGGAAUCGAACCUAAUGCUUUCAUUUAUAGUAGGUAUAUUCAUGUGCUUUGCUGCAAUGGGAAAACUGAUUUAGCCUUUCAGGUUGUAAAGAAAUUGAAUAAGCCGCUGCUUGAUGUUUUUUCAUAUGCUUGUGUCAUUCGAGGUUUUAUAAAAGAGUCGAAGCUACAAGAUGCAGAAGAUGUGUUGCUUCAUGAAAUGAAGCUUAGAGAAGUUGUCCCAGAUGCACGUUGUUAUGGCGCAUUAAUUCGAGGCUAUUGUGAGAAAGGGGACAUUGUUAAGGCAUUGGUUCUCUGUAAGGAAAUGGAAUCAAGAGGUAUUCAAACAAUCGAUCAUGGGUAUGUGAGGUGGAUGAUGCAAUACUUGUGCGGUUUGGGCAUGCUUGAUGAAGCUCUGUACGUGUUCAAGCAUUUUAAGCAGCAAUCAAGGGUUUUCCUUGAUGGGGUCUCGUUUAGUAUUGCGAUUGAUGCUGCAUGUAAACUAGGGAAAAUGGAUGAUGCCAUGGGGUUGCUAGAACAGAUGAAAGCCAAGCCUCUUGUUAUGCACACACUAGGUUCGAAACCUACAGGGUUUCAAGAACCAUAUGUGGGUCAAGAUGAUGCAGGGGUUCAAAGUGAAGGUGUUCAUGAUGCCAGAGAUGUUGGUCAAGAUGAUGCAGUGGGUUAUGUUGGACAGUUGCAUACUACCCAACAAACUUUUGCACUACAUCAGAUGACUAGUCUCAGUGGUCAUCAUGCUGUGAUUCUGAAGAAACUUAGGGAGUCUCGCAAGUGGUGAAGAUGAAGAUUAGGAAGGCGUUUUUCUGACAAAGACAGUGAUGAAGCCUGGUGACAUUUUAUUUUGCAUGUUAAGAUGCUUAAAUCUUUUUUGCAUUUUAUUAUUCUAUUUUGAUUUUGAUAUGUUUUUUGUAGAC